UUCCCUGAGAUGUUUCCAUCUUCCUCUGCUGGAGGAAACAAAACAGGAUGCCUGCUCAGCUACAACCUGUUGUAACUACAGGCUGGCAAGCAUUGAUAGAUUGGUGGCACUAAAGCUGGACAUUGUUGAUGUUUGGGCUACUGUAGCUCAAGAGCUCCUGAAGCGGGCUCGCAACCUUGGCACAUUCGAGCUCCAACCGUGAAUGAACCGGCAGGCUUGCCGGGUGGGAAUGACGACACUGGCGUUUUCCAACACAUUUUUGAUCAAGUCCGUUGCCGAACCUCGCUGGAUCUUCUCGUAGGUCUUUCUGCUCAACAAGAAAAUUCAAGUAUGUGCGUGCACUUCUAAUUUUGGCCGUUGAUUGCCUCUCACACAAGAGUGAAGUGUCUUGAAGUGUUGAGGGAUGGAUUUUGUGUUUGCGUAUGGAGUCAGGAAUGAAUCGAAAUUUGCCUCUAUGAAGUUGGGAGCUAUUAGGGAUCCAAACGACGAAGCACCAGUGUUGUCCAUCAAAGGCAGAACAUUUCUGCGCAGAUCACUGCUUACAAGAGCAGCUUUCGAGAAUGACAAACAACGAAUCGCUCUGCAAAGAUGGGUGUGUCCUCACAGGCAAAGAUCUGGAGCGAUACAGUAGGAGGAAAGGACUGUGCCACUUGUGCGCUCGGUUUGCAACUCAUAAACGUGCAGGUAAAUUGUUCAAGCGUAACAAAUGGCAGCCAUUGACGAUCCAGAACGAAUACACUGGAGAAUACCUGGUCUACAAAGGGUACUGCCUUCAACCAACGUGCUACACCCUUGAUCAAGCUAAGGAAGCGUUGGGAGAAAAGCCCAUCAUUCAGAGAAAGUCCAUUACUAGUCGCCGAGACUCUUCAUCGCUCGCCGCGGUUUCUUCAUCAGUCCGCAGUGACAGCAAAGACGGCGCGAAGCAGGCCCCUCAGGAACAGCCAAUCAAGCCAACUUCCCAGAAUCCAGAGGAUGACCCUGUUGCUGAGGACGAUACUAGCAUGUUGUCCCUGGAUGUCCUCCAACUCUUGGGAAAUGAGUCUCUUAAUGCAAGAGGUUUAAAUGGCCACGCUGGCAGUGUGGCUUUGAGUCCCCUUAUGGACAGUUCUAGGGGCGACAAGAAUGAUGCCGAGGCUGUUUCGCCGUCUCAAUUCAAUGCAUCUCAUAAAUGGAGCAGAGAAGUGCCAUGCAUCAGACUUCCGUCAUUUGCCGAAAGUCGCCAUUCCGAAGAUGGGAAGAAGUCAUGUGACCAAUCUUAUGUUUCCGAUCUCGCCGGCACCACUGAAUUCGGCUGCAGCUCCCAUGAUGGACAAAUGAGUCAAUUGCAACCUCCAAAGACCGGGCAUGACUUGAAGCAAAACGAAGAGCAGAUGAACGAGCUUGACAAAACGAUCAAAGACUUACUGGGUCUGAGCACGCCAAAAGAAAGAUCCCAAGGUGACGACCCCACAGUUGAUUCGUCUGAUUCGGUUAGUACCACCACAUCUAUACUGAGCCAAAUCGACAGUGCAAUUUCAUUCGAUCACACAGAGAAUCUUCCAGGGUGCGGUUUUGUGUCGUAUGCCACUGAGGGGAACUACAGGGCGGCUUUGGACGCGUUGGAUUUGGCGCCUGGUGCAACGCAAGAAUCCAAGAGAGCAUCCAUCAAAAUUAGAGAGUCGGGAGAUCUUCAAGCACUUUGUCUGCAGUCCAAGCAGUUGGAUCAUGGCGAUAUUGAGUUGGUCGCGGUGACCGUGGAUUCAGAGGGCCAUUGGCUAAGUCCUGACUUCUUGCUCGAAGAUGAAACAACAACUGAGAUUGCGCUGAAGCGUGGCAAUGAGAGGAUGAUUGUAGUUGGCCCAUCAGGUUCUCGUUUGGUUGAACUGUCGCACGUGUGCGCUGAUGGAGGGAUGGAAGAGCUCGAGGUAGAAACAGACCUGAACCAAUUUGCGAGACUAGAUCUCUAUUCACAAGAAGCCUUGGACAUCAAGUCCCGCGCGUCUCUUGAAGCAGAAAUCAACAACUGCGAGGAGGCGAUCACCUCUGCUCAGGUAUCAGAUGAUCCAACCAUCAUUGAGAAAGGGAUCCUCUCCCGUAGCCGCCUUGGAAGUCUCCUUCCUCUCCGAAAGUUCUAUAGACCACGGAAGAAGCUGGAAAAGAAAGUGAAGAAAAUUACCAGAAAGCUCGAGGCCUUGGAAGAGGAUGACCUUGACCGCCGCUAUGUCUUGGCCACCGAAAAGUGCCGACUCUCUAGGCAGAUCACAGCAGAAAAAGUGGCUGAGGAGCUACGAUCGCCGAAGGCCCAAGGGGAUGGGUGUGAAGCUAAGGAUGACGCACAGUCCACCGAAUUGGCCACCCGAUUGAACGACGUUUGGCCGCAGAAUGGAGUCAAUUGCCUUGCCGAACCCUUCAGGAGUGUCACUUCGUUUCCAGACGACGUGCCUCCGCAUUCUGAUGUAGUGAACGCAACGAUAGAACUGGACGCUGAAAGAUCGGUGAAAUUCGACUCGAACGAGAAUGCCUUGGAUCUCCAAACACUGCCAUCUGUUACCGAAGUGCACAUGACAGUGUUUCAAUCAGCCCCGUUGGCAUAUGUCGAUCGAGCAACAGGCACCCACCAUGUCUGCCCGCUCCUCGACUUUGAAUAUGAAGCCCGUGCAUUGACACAGUCAUUGAAAGAGGCUGAAAUUGCUGGGGCCAGGAUGGACGUUCAGUUCGACAUUGCAACAACCGAUCGGCUCAGUGCAUUCUUAGCAAAGAGUGAGAGCCGUGUCAUGCAUUUAUCCUGCCACGGUCACCCUGAUUACUUGGCUCUCGAAGAUGGGUUUGGAGGGAUGCAGAUUCUUCCCGUCAGAGAUCUGAAGAGGUUCAUUGCUGCCGGUGUAGGAAACCUCGAAGUCGUCUUCGUCUCAGCCUGCCAUUCAAAGGCCGCCGGUAAGGCAUUCCUCAAGGCAGGCAUCCGACAUGUGAUUUGUUGUCGGCAGGACGACAAGUUUCGAGAUGAGGGGGCAAUCGAGUUUGCAAGAAGCUUCUACCGUGCCCUUGCGUUGAAGAACACUGUUAAGCAGGCAUUCAACAUGGCGAGAGAGGCAAUGCGAGUAUCACCCAUGGUUAAGGAUUCAAAGGCUGAAUAUGAAAAAUUCAUCCUUCUUCCUCAACUGCCGUCUGGUGACCCUUAUCAUGAUGUCCACAUUUUCACGCACCCCACAGCGAGAAGCGACGAAAGCACUGCGAUGCAUGAGCCAGGCUGGAAGCGCAAGAAACGAAUCAUUCCUCGUACGCCUCAAUUCUUCAUUGGACGAGAGAUGGAUAUGUACACCAUAUUGGAGGCUCUAAGGUCGAACGAUAUCAUUCACGUUCAGGGACCCCCCGAGAUUGGAAAAUCCAGUUUGGUUGCCGCGACAACCCGUUACAUUGAGCAACGGCACAAGUCAUUUCUCUUCGACGAAACGGUCUGGCUACCUGUUCAAGAGGGCUCCGCUCCAAGCGAUGAUCAACUUUACUCUGACCUGUCCAAGAUAUUUGAGUUGAUUUCGAAGGCUUCAAGAGCACCUUGCCAACGCGAACAAGCUUACGCGGAAUGCUGGAGCAGGACGCUUCACCAACUUCAUGACAAAAGGCCCUUGAUUGUGAUCCAUCGUGAUUGCCUCUGUGCCAGAUUUUCCAUGCAGUCUCUGGAUGCAUUCAUCCGCCAGUUGCUCAAGGUCUCCAAUGCCAAAUUGAUUACUGUGGGAAUCCCUCUUAUUAGCGGCUUGGACUCGGCUGUCAUCAACGUCGAGGCAUUGGACUUCGAUGCCACCAUUUUGCUCUUUGCUCGUUUAUCGCGAUCUGCAUCUAUCACGGCACCACAGAUCAUUACUUCUUUGACGACAGCCUUGGCAUCUUCUGAAGACCAUGAUUCGUGCAGAGGUAAGCUGAUCUCUUGGCGCCGAAAGAGAGUCUAUGAGCGGCUAGGAGCAGGUGUCCCAACAGCAAUCCGGAAAGCAGCUUUGGAUAUACCAGAUGAUGAACUUUCUGAACUGUUGCGGGCCGCUCAGAGACCCUUUGUUGACGUUGAGUCCCGAUCGGAUUUGGAUGCGAAGAUCAGUGAGCUCGAGAUGCAGGAAUGUCAGGAGUUGAAAGGCAACAAAUGGCUUUUGGCUCGGGACACACGUGAGACUAUUGAAGAGCUUGAGUGUCUUUGCCAAAGCUUUCCCACACUGCAAGACUUGCUUUUUGAGGAAAAAGAGUUGGAAGACUCACUCCAAACAGCAGUUUCAGUCAAACAAUAUGACAACGCUUGUCAGUUACAAAAACGUCUUGAUGCUGUGAAGCAGCAAAUCCUCAACGAACGUAGCACGGCACCAGCCACAGAAACGGUUACCGCAGAAGUAUCAGCAACCGUGACAGCAGAAUCGGCAGCCGUGACAGAAAUAGCAACGGCAGCAACCUCUGUGGAGGUCGAGAAGGAGGCGGACGCAGAUGCGAAGACCGAAGCGGAACAAGAAAUUGUAGUGGAGCCCAUGGAUACCCACGUCGUCGAAGCCGAUAAUACCAGCGGUGUAUGGGCGUAGUUGAUACAUCAAGGCCGCCCACAUGGAACAGCAGGGCAUCAUAUUCAACAGAGGAUCCCAACAACAGAAGGCGUUCUAUUCUACGCCACUGCACAAGAAGAGGCUAGUAUGUUUAGUUAGGCUGUUAGUAUGAUCUGUUCGCUGUAAACUGUAGUAUUUCCCUCUUUUGAUUGCUCGGAACUCCCUGGAACAUAAACAUACG